UUCCGUCCAAGACCCUGUCUCAGCAAUGUUCAGAUUGGUAGUGAGUGUAUAGAGCAUAGCAAUACUGUACGCAAUCUAGGUGUUUUGUUCGAUCAAACUCUAUCUUUCGGGGAACAUGUAAGCAAAUUAUGCAAAUCAUCUCAUUACCAUCUUAGAAAUAUUAGCAAGAUCAGAAAAUAUCUAGAUGAAAAUUCUACUGAGACGUUAGUCCAUGCAUUUGUUUCAUCAAAGCUGGACCAUUGUAAUGCUUUACGUAUUGGACUUCCAAAAUACCAAAUAGACAGACUUCAGUCAGUACUAAAUACUGCGGCUCGCAUUAAAACUUUUACUUGUAAAUAUGAUCAUAUAACUCCCGUUCUAGUUAGACUACAUUGGCUCCCUGUUUCCUAUCGUAUAAGGUUUAAAGUGCUACUUCUGACUUACAAAGCACUUAAUGAUUUAUCUCCUGAAUACAUAUCUGAGCUACUUAAUAAGCCUAAAUAUACCCGCAAUCUUAGAUGUCAGUCUCAACAUCUGCUUAGUGUUCCUAAAUCUAGAACUGUUACCUAUGGCGAUAGAGCAUUUUCUUGUAUGCGCUGCUAAGCUAUGGAAUGAACCGCCUUUUCAGUUGCGCAUGUCAUCAAAUAAACAAGCAUUUAAAUCAGGACUGAAGACAAUGCUUUUUAAAAUGGCCUAUCUUUAGAUAGGCAUUUGCUUUAUUAUUUUGCAUACUACUAUGUAUUUUCUUUUGUUUCCUAUUUUUUUGUAGUGUGUAAGAUGUAAUCAGUAAUUAUUUUUUAAUUAUAUGUAAUUGAAGAAUUUAGUAUAGUAGGAUGAAAUUGUAAAAACUAUUUUAUAGUUAGUAUAAGGUUUAAAAUUGUAAAGCGCUAUGAAUAACUAGCAUUAAUAGCGCCAUAUAAAUGAAUUAUAUUAUUAUUAUUAUAUUAUUAUUAUUAAUCGUUUUAAGGGCACUUUGAAAAAACUUGCUGAUUUUCAUAAAUGAUUAUUUCACGAGGCGGAUUCUGGGAAAAAAUGUGGAUCUAUGUGAAUUUUAUUGACUUGCAAAUUUCACUGUUAUCGCUGUAGUUGAGCAUUUUUACGCAUUUUAAGCAAACAUGGAGCUUAAGGCUUGGAUCAAACCAGUCAACAAUAGACUGAGGUUCUGUCUUGGUAACCAUAGUCUUGUUUUCAUUACUAACAGAAGAGUUUCUUUGUUCCAGGCGUUUAGAUAGGGGAAAGUGCACUCUCCACUAUCGGGUUCAUCAACUCCUUGUUUGCUUUUACCAUUUGCACAGAUUCCGGCAGAGACUCGCCUCAGUAUUCACGACUCACCAAUCCCCGCUGACGAUCAAGACACCGUGGAAACAUUUCCAGCGCCUCCUGAUCCUGUUGGUGGUAAGUUUUAUUGUCCCCUAGCACCUCCACCCCCCUCCCCAUCACGGUUUCUUGCCUUGCUAAUCACAGAUGUAACAAAACCUACUGGCGAUUAACACCUUGAGCACUAGUAAGAGGUUGUACAUAAGUUCGCUGCGGUCAGACGUCAGUUUUCUUUUCGGAGAUUUCCUUCUUUUUAAGGGACCGUUCAUUUUUUACAAGGUGGGGGGGCUGGUGGGAUUUGGGGGGGGUCACGCAAACACCGGCUUAAAAGGGGGGCCAUCCAUUACAUGACAGCGUUCAGUUCCACGACAACAAUUUUCAAAGCUAGGAAACUAUUAUUAAAAGAUUCUUUAUCAGGUUAGUGCUGUGCAACGUCUCUCUGCUCAUGUUCCUCUUCGUCAUCAUUGCCAAGCUGUUCCUCAUCGCUCGUGCUGCUGCUAGAGUCGCUUUCGUCGUUUUCAGUCAUAGCAUACUCUUCAGUGUACAUGAAGCAGUACAAGUUAUCUCUAACCUCCGGCUUGAGGUUUGUGAUAAUUCUGCUUCUGCAAGAGCUGUGCAAUGUAUGCCGCAUCUCGAUCAAAAAGCAAUUCGGAAACUUUCUCAAGGUAGGAAACAAUUGCUCUUUUCGUAAUGAAUGGACUGGACCACCAAUAGGUAGAUGUCCGAAGCCUUUUCCAAAUCAUUCUUCUCUUCCCGAGUACCACUACCUACCAUACAACGAAACUCCAAGGGAAGGCCGUCAUCCUGACAAUUGCAUUGGCAGCCCAGAGUUCAGUUAAAGAAGGAGCAUAGCAGUGGUAGGUUGCUUAUGUCAAAUCCAGAAAGUGUGGCUGCAUUUUCCGACAAAUUUAUCGUGAAGGCAAAGUUUGUAGUGGAUUACCUUAAGCACCUUGAGGUGAUGGAGUUCAAAAAGAAGAAGAGAGCAGAGGAGCGUGCGAGAGAGAGCCAGAAAACCAGGGAAAACGUUUAUGCUGAUUAUGCUUGGAAAGAUCUGUGUGAAGAUUCGACCAAACAGAAACAGCUUUGAGUGCCAGAGCUUAACAAGUACCUCAAGCACCAUGGACUACACCAACACAUCAAAAGCCCUAAGAACGACGAGGUGAAGGUAAUCGCAAGGCAUUGGCUUCUCCAAAUGAAUCCUGAACACCCUGAUCCAUUAAUGCUGCAAACACGACUGAGAGAAAGAGAUGGAGCUGAUAAAGAAUCCUUACAAGACAGAGACAGCGAUGAAGAUGAGUACAGCAGAAGUGAAAGCGAUGAUAAUGAUAAGAACGACAAUGAUUCCAUCAACUCUGGGGGGUAAAGAUGUCAUCCUUGCCUUUAUCGAUGACGAGGAAGAAGUUGAGAGGCCAGCAACGACACGCUCUGGAGGAUCCAUAAACCGAAGAUCGGAAAUUGACUUUUCUUUCUUUUGAUUCUCUAUAUUUUUUUUAUGUUUGAAAAAUAGUGAAGAAGUGCCUUAGCAAAUGGACAGAAUAUAUUUUUUGAAUUAACAGAAGUGGCUGCUACAUCUGUAGAAUGAGUUGUCAACAGCUUUACAUUGAACAGAAAAUACAAAUCAUAUUGUACACUGCAAAAUAUAUGCAUGUCAGGUUUAAUUAUGAUAAUGUCUCUUUUGAAAGGGGGGUCACCCCCAAAAAAUGACCAUCUAUGGAGGGGGGGCUAUGAGAAAAAAUGAGGACUGAGUUGGAGGGCCAUGGUAAUUCGUAAUGGGGGUUCAAAAAAUUCCACCAGCCCCGUAACUCGUGAAAAAUGAACGGUCCCUAAUAAUUGCGGUGUAGACGUGCACCAAGUUGCUGUUGUGACAUCCUGUCCGUAAUUUUGAUGAAAGAAAUCGGACUUUCACGAUUAUGUUUAUUCAUUAGUCUGUUUAUAGACCAAAAAGGUACUCUAGCUAGUACUACCCGGCAUGAGUAUUUAACGAACCACGCCUGGCUGUCAUAUACAGAAACGAAAAGCAGAACAGUCACUGGGGAAGUUUAAAAGGGCAAGAUCUUGUUCCGAUGUAGACAUUUUCCCGGUGUUCCGUAAAGUGAGCGUUGUUUGCAGUAAUUAUAUAAACUUAGUAGUAAAACAGGGGGAACACAACAUUAAGAAAGGAUAAAUGUUCUAGAAGUCUAUCAGUCAGAAAUCGAUAGUUUCCUUCAUACCAUCAUGUGACGUGGUUUCUUUUUUGUUCCUUCAGCAGAUCCAAUGUUAGCAAUGCCGUCCAUUCCUACAGCGCAUGGAUCCAGUCACGGUCUGACACCUGCUGCAACCUACAGUGGUACCCUCCUUUAUAACGUUCAGUAUCCACAGCGUUACUCCUCCCCUGAUAUAUACACCUACCACCACAGUGCCCCGUCCACCAUCUUAACACCUGGAGGAUCCUUGGGUUAUGAUUCGCAUCUUUUCAGAGCUUCUGACCUGUCUACAGUCACACGG